UAUGUUGCUGCUGUUCAGGUCGGUUUGGCUGUGGACGACAUUAAGAGUGUGCAAAACAAAGCCGAAUUGAAACGAUUGAGUAUGCAGGUGGAUCUUGUGUUGGAAGUGGAAGCAUCGAUGCCGUAUAUUCGCAAGUUGACAACGCGCUCUUUCUACUCUACCAAAUCAGGUCUUGUCCCGAGCUGUUGGACAAGUUUGUGCACUAGAUUUGGUUUCAACUACACAGAGGAGAAAGAAGAAGAUACAUUAGACGAAUACGUGAGCACAGUCACCCUGAAACCUAUUACAUGA